AUGACAGAUUUGACAACAGUCAAUUGGUUGAGGAGCAUUCUGAGAAACAUCUCUUACCCCAUUAGGAUCAAUGGAAACACAUGGAUCAGUCAGGCCAAUAUUUCUACAGUUUGUUCUCCAGUCAGUGAUGGUUACCAGUGCAGAUGUGAGGAUCAGUAUCAGUGGUCAUGUGACCAGUGUCAGAUGUAUGGAGCAUGUGACCAGAUCUCUGAAGACUCAUGUGGAUGUAUCAAAGCCAUUCCUUCUGAUGGAAACUUCUGCCAGUCUGUGGAUCAAUACACAAAUCCUCCACCCUCUUAUAAAUAUGUCAUUUCUGUUGAGCUGAACAUGACAGAUUUGACAACAGUCAAUUGGUUGAGGAGCAUUCUGAGAAACAUCUCUUACCCCAUUAGGAUCAAUGGAAACACACGGAUCAAUCAGGCCAAUAUUUCUACAGUUUGUUCUCCAGUCAGUGAUGGUUACCAGUGCAGAUGUGAGGAUCAGUAUCAGUGGUCAUGUGACCAGUGUCAGAUGUAUGGAGCAUGUGACCAGAUCUCUGAAGACUCAUGUGGAUGUAUCAAAGCCAUUCCUUCUGAUGGAAACUUCUGCCAGUCUGUGGAUCAACACACAAAUCCUCCACCCUCUUAUAAAUAUGUCAUUUCUGUUGAGCUGAACAUGACAGAUUUGACAACAGUCAAUUGGUUGAGGAGCAUUCUGAGAAACAUCUCUUACCCCAUUAGGAUCAAUGGAAACACACGGAUCAGUCAGGCCAAUAUUUCUACAGUUUGUUCUCCAGUCGGUGAUGGUUACCAGUGCAGAUGUGAGGAUCAGUAUCAGUGGUCAUGUGACCAGUGUCAGAUGUAUGGAGCAUGUGACCAGAUCUCUGAAGACUCAUGUGGAUGUAUCAAAGCCAUUCCUUCUGAUGGAAACUUCUGUCAGUCUGUUGAUCAACACACAAAUCCUCCACCUGCUUAUAAAUAUGUCAUUUCUGUUGAGCUGAACAUGACAGAUUUGACAACAGUCAAUUGGUUGAGGAGCAUUCUGAGAAACAUCUCUUACCCCAUUAGGAUCAAUGGAAACACACGGAUCAAUCAGGCUAACAUUUCUACAGUUUGUUCUCCAGUCAGUGAUGGUUACCAGUGCAGAUGUGAGGAUCAGUAUCAGUGGUCAUGUGACCAGUGUCAGAUGUAUGGAGCAUGUGACCAGAUCUCUGAAGACUCAUGUGGAUGUAUCAAAGCCAUUCCUUCUGAUGGAAACUUCUGCCAGUCUGUGGAUCAACACAAAACUCCUGAAGUCACUUCAGUUUUAUCUCCUACAACAAAAAUCCAGACAGAUAUGUCUACAAUUAUUCCCAGUACUGCGGAAACACUGACUACAGCAGAUACGACAAAUAGUCCAUCAACCAUUGAUACAGAAACUCUAGAAACUACAACAGUUUUGUCCCCUACAACGAAUAUCCAGACUCCAGAUAAGUCUACAAUAAUCUCCACUUCUACUGAAAUGCUGACUACAGCAGUUACUACCAAUAGUCCUUCAACCAUUAAAACACAAACCCCAGAAAUUACUACAAUUUAUCCCCCUACAACAAAAAUACAGACUCCAGAAAUGUCUACAAUUUUACCUUCUACUGCUGAAACGCUGAUUACAGCACUUACUACAAACAGUCCAUCAACCAUUGAUACAGAAACUCCAGAAAUUAUGACAGUUUUUUCACCUGCAACGAAUAGUCAGACUCCAGAUAUUUCUACAACAAUCCCUACUACUACUGAAACGCGGACUACAGCAAUUACUACCAAUAGUCCUUCCACCAUUAAAAUACAAACCCCAGAAAUUACUACAGUUUCUCCCCCUACAACGAAUAUCCAGACUCCAGAUAUGUCUACUAUUAUCCUCACUACUAUUGAAACACUGACUACAGCAGUUACUACAAAUAUUUUUUCCACCUUUAAAACACAGACCCCAGAAAUUACUUCAGUAUUGUCCCCAACAACACAUAUCCAGACUCCAGAUAUUUCUACAAUGAUCCCUACUACUACUGAAACACUGACUACGGCCGUUAUUACAAAUAGUCCUUCAACCAUUAAUACAGAAACUCCAGAAAUUACAACAGUUUUAUCCCCUACAACAAAAAUCCAGACACCAGAUAUGUCUACUAUUAUCCCUACUACUAAUGCUGAAACACUGACUACAGCACUUACUACAAACAGUCCUUCAACCAUUAAUACAGAAACUCCAGAAAUUACUUCAGUUUCGUCCCCUAAAACAAAUAUCCUUACUCAAGAUAUGUCUACCAUUAUGCCUUUUACUUCAGUUACUAUGAGUAGUCCUUCCACUACUAAAACAGAAACUCCAGAAAUCAAUUCAGUUUUGACAUCUACAAUGAAUAUCCAGACUCCAGAUAGUUCUACAAUUAUGCCCACUACCACUGAAAAUCUGACUACAGCAGUUACGACAAAUAGUCCCUCCACCAUUAAAACACAAACUCCAGAAAUUACUACAGUUUCUCCGCCUGCAACAAAUAUUCAGACUACAGAAAUGUCUACAAUUAUCCCCACUACUACUGCUGAAACACUGACUACAGCAGCUUCUACAAAUAGUCCUCCCACCACUAAAACAGAAACUCCAGAGAUCACUUCAAUUUUGUCCCCUACAACACAAAUUGUUAUUCCGGAUAUGUCUACAAUUAUCCCCACUUCUACUGAAACACUGACUACAGCAGUUACCACAAAUAGUCCAACAAUUAAUACAGAAACUCCAGAAAUUACAACAGUUUUGUCCCCUACAACAAAAAUCCAGACACCAGAUAUGUCUACUAUUAUCCCUACUACUACUGCUGAAACACUGACUACAGCAGUUACUACAAACAGUCCUUCAACCAUUGAUACAGAAACUCCUGAAGUCACUUCAGUUUUAUCCCCUACAACAAAAAUCCAGACAGAUAUAUCUACAAUUAUUCCCAGUACUGCUGAAACACUGACUACAGCACUUACUACAAAUAGUCCUUCAACCAUUAAUACAGAAACUCCAGAAAUUACAACAGUUUUGUCCCCUACAACGAAUAUCCCGACACCAGAUAUGUCUACUAUUAUCCCUUCUUCUACUGCUGAAACACUGACGACAGCACUUACUACAAAUAGUCCUUCAACCAUUAAGACAGAAACUCCAGAAAUUACUUCAGUUUCGUCCCCUAAAACAAAUAUCCUUACUCCAGAUAUGUCUACCAUUAUGCCUUUUACUUCAGUUACUAUGAGUAGUCCUUCCACCACUAAAACAGAAACUCCAGAAAACACUUCAGUUUUGACCUCUACAAUGAAUAUCCAGACUCCAGAUAGUUCUACAAUUAUCCUGACUACUACUAUUGAAACACUGACUACAGCAGUUACUACAAAUAGUCCUUCCACCAUUAAAACACAGACCCCAGAGGUGUCUACAGAUUCACCUAACACAACAAACACUCACACUUCAGAAAUUCCUACAAUUAUCCCUACAACUGAUAAAUUACCUUUUACUACAAGUACUCCAAUUAUUCCUACAGCUACUACCAUUAUCACUUCUACAAGUGAUAAGCAAACUACAAGAGUUUCUACAGUCAUCCCGAUUACUUCAACAAAACUGACUACAAUAGUUUCCACAAAUAUUUCUCCUUCUCCGACACUAACAACUACGGUGACCAUAUAUAAUCCCUCCACAGUUAAAAGCUGUACUUCAGAAAUACCAACAUUUAUUCCUACUACAAACAUACCAAAGACUUCAGAAAUUACAUUUAUCCCUACUACAGCAAAAACACUGUCAACGACAAUGACAACAAAUAUUCCUAAAACAAAAACAGUUAGCUACUCCACUGAUAAAACACCAACAUUUGCAGUUACUACAGAAAUGUCGUCUACAAUUGCAACACUGACCUCAGAAGUUGCUAUAAUAAACCCUACUUCUACCAAAACACCUACAACAGUUAUUCCUUUUACAACCAAAACAGAGACACCAACAGUUGGCACAGUUUUCUCUACCACUGCAUUUUCUACUACAGCUGUUACCACAGCUGGAACACAGAGUUUUACAACUGACACAUUCAAUCCUAUCACAAACAAAACACAAAUCAGUAAAUCAGCAACAGUUGUCAGUACCACACAUAGAACAACAACAAUCAGACAUUCCACAAUUCACCCCACUACUACAACGCCCAUGACUACAUACGCAGUUAAGACUACUCCAGUCAAGACCCAGCCUAUUACUCCAACAUUUUCUACAAUAAGCAAAAGUACAAAUACAACAGUUAGUACAACCAUGACCGUCAGCUCCACCACCAAGUCUGAAGAUGGUAUGUUGUUUCGUUUGCGUAUAGUUAUCAAAAUAGAACUGUCUGUCACCCUGAACAUCAACUUCAAAACAGAAUACAACAAUCAGUCAACUUCUGCCUAUAAAAAAUUGGAAGGAGACAUUGUAACAAAUGUAAGUACAUGGUGUGACCACAUCACUUUACAUUGUUUAUUAUGCAGUGUUUCUUUCUUUAAAAAAGUACUAUUUUUCUAUAUCACAGGGAAAUAUGAAUGUAUUCUGAAUGGAAACAGGUAUAUUUUUCACCAAGAAGUCACAAUAGCAGCAGGUGAUAUUAAACAAGCUCCUUUGGUGCGAGUGGACAGUCAAAGAAAUGUUAAAUGCCAGCCAAACAGGAAGGAAGACAUUCAGUGUUGUGUUCAGUCUGCCUACAAAGUCAUCUUUUCUGAAAGUUUCACAAUAGCCAAACCAGGUAAAGUACUUUUAAAUUCUAAAAAAAAAACAAAAAAACUAAUGGCAAAACAUGAGAAAACUCUGUAUUUAACUUUGUAUAAACUUAAUUUAAGGUUCUUCUGGAAAAUAUUGAUUUUUACAGGACCUGUUACAUGUGACAAUGAACAAUAUGGAAAAGGACAAGAAGGGGAUGAAGCGGAAGUUAUGUGUCCGGAGGGUCAGGAAGGAUACAAGAAAGCAAAAUGUCAAGGAGACAUGUGGAAAGUAAUAGAAGACAAGUGCAUUCUUACGAAGAUCAAAGAGUUAUUUAUCGAGUCAGAGGGUUUGAUGUCAACAAACGUGAAAAACUUUUCUCAAAACCUAAAAGAUGCUGUCCUGAACAACAAAAUGGAAAUUGCCAGCUCAUCUGAAACUAUAAAUACUAUUGUCAACAUUUUAAAUACCAUUGCAGAAGUCUCGGAUGCUGUCAGUAAAGAUGUGAUGGAGAAUGUCCUACAAACUGUUGAUGUCCUCAUUGGAGAUGAUGCAAAACCAUCCUGGGCUUUUCUCAAUUCCAACACAAGUCAAAAUGCCAGUUCAGAACUGCUGGGUUCACUAGAGUCACUUUCAAUUAGACUAAAUGACUCAUUUGAAAUUAACACCCCACUUAUAACGCUUGUUAGAACCACUUUUACUUCAAGUUUUGCAAAAGAUCUAAACUCCACCGUUUCCAUUGAAAUUCCUUUCAGUGACAACCUCAGUGCAAACAUCACCACCAUUCUUCUGUCCACGUUUAAUAAUGUUAUACCCCCACGAAACUCAACCUCCAACAGCAGCUUCCUGAAUGACACCAGCAAUCCUGUGGAUGGGUCUCCUGGUACCAACUCAGUUUUCCUUGUUAAUACUGAUAAAACUGUUAACAAUGUCACCCUGAAGUUCAAAAAGAUCAAUGAAAGCUUGCCUCUGGACAGAUCAUUCCAGUGUGUCUUCUGGAAUUUUGAACUAGUAGAUGAAACUGGUGCCUGGGAUGAUGAAGGUUGUACGUUUGUUUCCAGAGUUAAUGGUACAGUAACCUGCAACUGCACCCACCUCACAUCCUUCUCGAUUCUAAUGGCAACAAGUAUCCCUGAAGAUAUAAGAGACAUCUUGGACAUAAUCACCUACAUUGGAGUUGGAAUCUCUCUGGCAAGCUUAGUCAUAUGUCUCAUAAUUGAGGGAUAUGUGUGGAGAGCUGUCACCACAAACACCACUGCCUUGAUGCGUCACAUCUCCAUUGUUAACACAGCCUUGUCUCUGCUGAUCGCAGACAUUUGUUUCAUCAUUGCAGCCUCUUACUCACAGAAGGCCCUUGAAAGCAAAGAUGGAGACCAUAAAGGUUUGAUUGGACAGUGCACUGCAGUGACAUUCUUCAUGCACUUCUUCUACCUUGCUCUGUUCUUCUGGAUGCUCGUAUCAGGCCUUCUGAUCUUCUACAGGACAGUGAUGGUUUUCUCCCACAUGUCAAAGUCCAUCAUGAUAGCAAUUGGCUUUGUUGUGGGCUAUGGUUGCCCUCUGAUCAUCGCUGUUACCACUGUUGCUGCUACAGCACCGAGUCAAACAUACAUCAGGAAGAAUUACACUUGCUGGCUUAACUGGACCGAGUCUAAAGCUCUUCUGUCCUUGGUCAUUCCAGCCCUGGUUAUAGUCGUGAUCAACAUCAUUGUUGUAAUCGUAGUUUUAUGCAAAAUGAUGAGAAGAUCUUCAGGAAACACCAUUCAGCCAGAUGAAAAGAACAGUUUUGUGGUCAUUAUAAGAUGUCUGGCCAUCCUGACACCUUUAUUUGGACUGACUUGGGCCCUGGGGAUUGGAACCAUGGUUUCACCAAAAGACAAAGGGAUCCACAUAGCCUUUGCAUUCUUUAACUCCCUGCAGGGUCUUUUCAUAUUAAUUUUUGGGACAUUGUUCGAUUCAAAGACGGUAAUCAAGUUUCUUAUCCUUCAAGCUGAGACAGCGGUGUCCGAGGAAUGA